UACUUUAAAAGAAUUUACAACUUUAUGGUAUCAGUGUAAGAUAAAUCAAUAUCGUUGUCAUAUCUACGAUGGAAUAACAUUAAAAGAAAAAUUAAAAUACUUUAAAAAAUGUUUUUUUAUUAACAAUUUUCAUUUAAAUACAUUUAUAGUGAAUUACUUUCGGUAACAUGAGCUAUACUGAAAUCAUAUUAUCGCAUCAUUCAAUAACCUUAUAGGGAUGUAGAGGGUUAGAAAUCAGUACGAUCAUAGAGGGCACAAAAUCAUGUGCAAACAUUGAAACAUAUUGACCUAACGUGAGCAAGUUGGAAAUCUGUUUCCAUUUACAUAUAAGAUAUGAUAUCGUUAUUAUUGUUUUAUAUAUGUUAUAAAUGUUCCUAAAUUAUGGUAAUGUUGUAAACAAUUUGUCAAAAUAAAAUAGAAUUAUAUAAAACUAUUAAAAUGUUAACGAUAAUAAUAAUAGUCAAACCAUUUUCUUAUUUUGAGCGGCGAGAAAAAUGAAUAAACAUAAAAUGUCACAUUAACAGAUAGAUACAUGUUACAUUGCUUAUUUUUUUAUAAAUACGCAUUGUAAACUGUUGACAGGUAUUCUUCACUUUUUACAUUGACAAAAUGAAGCGAGCACGAAUAAAAGCUACAGUUACUGUUCCAACAAGACGGAAAACAACUCAAGAAACUACUGUUACUGAAUCUAUAGCUACAACCGAUUCCAUUGAAAAAACUGAUAAUGAAGUUAAUGAUGUUUCUUUGGUGUUUCAACAACAAAUUUCAGAAAAUCAGGAAAAGCAAACACAAGAAAACGUAAUAGUAACAGAAGAAAUACAGAAUGAAACGAACAAUCAAACUUCUAAAGAUGAUUUUAAACAAAGUUCUGACGAAUCAAGAAAAGAAACAUUACAACCUUUAGAAAACACAAAUACAACACAACUUGGUUCUCCUAUAAAAUUAACGCAGAGUCGAUUAAAUUUUAUGAGGCCAGUACCUAAAUUGGAUAGCGGUGGUAGAGUAAGAAGAAAUAGCAUACAGGGAAGCGGUGCAAGUGCAAGUGAAUCUGAAGAUGAUAGUAAAAGAGUAAAUUCUACUGUUACCAAUCAUGUAAAAAAUGAUUUAGUUCAUGCAACCGAAGUUGUUAAGGAUAAGGUUAUUAAUAAUACUAAAAUGACUAGUUUAACAAAAUCAAAAGUUGGUCAGAAGAAACGUGUUUUAGUUUCUGAAUCUGCCAGGAAAUUAGCUGAUGCCAGAAGAGAAUUUAAUUUAAAGCAUGAAAAUAAGACACCAGAUAGAAGUAAACUUACUAUGUAUGAUCUAAUAUAUUAUAAUCCUAUUACAAAUCCUAUGAAAAGAUCUAAAGAAUCUGAAACAGUGACAAGAAAAAUUUCAACGUGUCAAUCUGAAGAACUUAGAGAAGAAGAAGAAGAAGAAGAAAAUGAGGAUGAUCCAUCAUCCGCAAUGCCUGUACCACAAGUAAAAGUUGGACCGGAUGGUCAACUAAUAAUAGAUGAACAAAGUCUUGUUAUAGAACAAACCAAUACAAAGAAAAAUCGUGAAAUGUUAUCAAAAGAAGCAAUCAUUGAUGAUGAUACGGGGGGUGGGUUCUAUAAAAAACGUCAUAAAAGUAAAGAAUGGCCUAAAUGGGAAACUCUAAAAUUUUAUAAAGCCCUAAAUACAGUUGGCACUGACUUCCUGUUGAUGCAAAGUCUUUUUCCAAAUCGCACACGUCAGGAAAUUAAAAUGAAAUAUAAAAAAGAAGAAAGAAUGAACAGAAAUCUGGUAGAAAAAGCACUUGAAUACCAUCAAGAAUUUGAUAUUGAAUUACUAGAAAAAUCAUUAGCCACAUUGGACAAUUUAGAAAGAGAACGUAUUAAUAUAGAAGAAAAGCAAAAACGUGCAGGAUCAAAAGGGAAACUAAUGAAAAAACUAGACAGAAAGCGAAAAUGCAGAAUUGUAGCAACUAGUAUUGGAGAAAUGGAUGCAUCAGAUGAAGAAGAAUGUUUGGAUUUAAUUCAACAGAAUGAAAAUAUAGAAGGUAAUGAACAUCAACAAUCGCUUAAAAAGACACAAAAGAAAAAACGUAAAAAGGUAAAAGACGAAAAAAGAACAUCAGAAGCAUCUUCAAUUGAAACAGAAGAUGUUGGAUCACUGAGUGUUUGCUCUGGUUUCGAUAGCGAUACAGAAAUUUAUCACGUACGACCAACUAGAUCUGGAAGAUUACCAAAAGUAAAAAGGUUGCAAGGACCAGACAUAAAUACACUUGAUAAUGAAACAUUGAAUUAUGAAUCAAGUGAUCAAGAAUCUAUACCCCCGAAAAAUACUACAAAAGCUUUAGAUAACAUAAUUUUUGAAAAUACUAAUAUUAAUCCAGAAACUGAUUAUGAAAAUUCUGAUAAGACAGUCAUACCAAAUAUUAAUCAUGUAAAACCGGGGUCCUUGGUCAUUCUAUCAAAGGAAUCACCAGAGGAACCUGGAAAAAGUGUCUUACAAGUUUACAUGGUUAGCUCCAAUGUUAACUCUUCGCGAAAUAUCGAGGAAUCCACUGCAACGCCUGUAAAUUUGCCACCGGAGCUUUUAGCAACUGUAACAUCUAGAUUAUCAGAUAUGGAAUCAAUUGUAGUAAAAGAAGAAUAUGAAUAAUUGAAUAUAAAUUAUUUAUGAGGAUAUAUAACAUUAAGAAAAUGCUCAUUUUCAUAAAUUAGUACAAUGUUACAUAAUUGAUUCAUGAUCAUAAUUAUUAUUUCGCUAUCAAUCCACAAUAUUACAAUUACAUAGCAUAAUAUUUUUUACGUUGCAUAGUGAGUUUGCAAAAUUGCAAUAUAGUAAAUAAGAUUUAUAAGACUAUGUAAGCUACAAGUUAUUAUUAUAUAUACAUAACUUUUUUAUAAUUAUAAUGAGGUGUUCUUACACUAAUAAUGCUGUGAGGGCAUAUACAGAAUGCUUAAUUUAAUUAAAAGUCUAUCACUAAAUUACGGAAUUUUAUGUGAAUUCUCGUUUUCAUAGGUUGACUUAUAAAAAUCUAAACAAGAGAAACAAUGUUUUUCGCAGUGUAGGUGAUUCUUUGUGAUAGGAAUAAAAAUACUCGUCUUUAUAUUAAUGUAUAUGUUUUGUUAUAUUCUGUAAACUUGCACAUACCAUAAAUGCGCAAAUUUCCGCAGUCUAUUCAUUACCUAGUACCUUCUACAAGUUUACAAAAUGUUAAAGCUUUGCUCACGUAUUAUGAAACACUGUAUAUGCUUGAUUAUUGCUAUUAAAGGAAUAUUAAGUUAUUUUGUUCAUUUAUAUUCUAGCAAAUAUUGUUCUUUGUUAUCAAGCUUGUAUAUAAUGUUUACUUAUAAUAUAUACGAAGUAUAUAAAUUAAAAAUUUUAUUUAUUUUGCCACAAUUUGUUAGUUGAAGAUGUUUUUUAGUAUAAAUUU